GCUUCAUUGAACUGCAUACUGAACCGCUUGAGAAAAUGAACAAAAUUUCGGAAGAUGAAUGCAACGAGGAAUGUAAGAAGGUAUUGGAAGAGAGGAUGAAUAGGACGAAGCUAUUGCGUAAUUUUUUCCAAAAGCAAAAAUGCGAUCCAUUUAGGCAUAUGAAAAACGAAGCAGGUGCAGUCGCCGUCUCAAAAGUUGAAGAAAGAUGAGGAUUUGAGUUGAAACUCUAUGAAAUGUGUAUACAAAAUAACUUCAGCCGUGGCCAAUUUGUGCAACCCCCGAAUAUGCUAAAGCACAAUACUGGAUGUUUCAGAAUAAUCCUACUGAUGUAAAAACAGCUUUCCGUUAAGCAAACAAAAACAGCAAAUAAUUAAAAAAACACAACUCA